GUUUCCGGCUUCCGGUGCUACCGGCCAGCAGACCUGUGGCCGUCUGGUACACACUUCUUCUGCCCACGUAAUGGGCUCAUCGAAAUCGGUCUGUGGAGCAUGAGGAGUGUCCAAGGGAAGGUAGAGGCAAACAGACGACUCGAGAGGGAGAAGGGUCGAAUGCUUGCCACCAGGCGACAAUUGAAUAUCGACACCUGUCCGCAUGGACUCAAGAGGCGAUUGCCCGCAUUUCCGCGACUCGACAACUCAGCCCGUGCGAUCGCCAGUGAUUCUAUCAGUCGUCUGAGUGGAAAGUACAGAAAAAUCUGCCUGGUAAGCUUGCUUUUUCAGCUGGUCGACGGUAGCUCUGCCGAAGCUAGGCGGUUUUUCCCGUUCUCCUUCAGAAAACAGAGUCUCUUCGGACCCUCUUCAGCGAAAAUUGUCAAGCACAUACAGGCCCGACAGACGGGCUCCGAUUGCUCUAAAGCUCUGGCUUUACUCGACCUCUCCUCUGUUCAUGGUAUUGGCAGACAGUUUGAGUGGAAUCAGAAGCUAUAG